AUGGUGCGUCACAGACGUCGAGAGACACAGGGAAGCUUCCAGGCAGUACUCCAACGUUUGGACGGCAAACCAUUAGGUCUGAUCCUUGCAGGAACCCCAGGGUCAAAGGGCUUAGUCAUCAUCCACCGUGGCGAGUCAGAAGUCUUGUGCAGAUGGAACGAAGAGCAUCCUCAUCGUCGGAUAGACGUUGGCAGCGCAAUUUUGUCGGUGAAUCACCUCACUGAGCCCAGUCGGAUGCUGCAGGAGUUCCGUCAAGCCACCAGCGUAGAUCUCAAGAUCAAGACCACCCUGGAUCACCAGCAAGAGCUUCUCUUCCAGGCUGCCUUGAAGCAGCACCGCGACGUCCAACAAGCCCGCCAGCGGCUGAGGAUUCUGGACACGGAAACCUUGCCCGUCAGCGAGUGCCAGGCGUUGGGAAGUGGCUUACCCAGGGGAAGCAAUGUUGCCCCUUGUGCCGGGAACAACUUGCAUGACGUGAUGAUUCGAACUGAGUGCUCACCGCUGCUUUUUGCCUGGGUGCGGUUUGAGGACGACGAGGACGACGAGGACGACGAGGACGACAAGGACGACAAGGAUGACAAGGAGGACGAGGAGGACGAGGAG